AUGUCGUUCAUCCUUGCCUAUCGAAGACCGAAAGAAAAGCUGGCAAGGGAACGCGCGCGUGCACCCAGUAUCAGUCUCCAUGAAAACCUCUCGAAGCUCAAAUCGAAGCCCUACAGGCUGCUCAAGUUCGAAGAACUGCCCGCGUGGUACCAAGAUAACCACUUGGUAAGGUCGGGCUAUCGACCGGUGGCCAACUCAUGGUUUACUUGCGUCCUGUCUCUAGGACACCUGCACAACGAGUCGAUCAACAUCUACACUCAUCUGAUCCCGGCCUUUUGUCUUGCUGUGGGACAAGUUCUCGUCUACCGCGGUCUCAGCUAUUUCUACCCGGAAGCGUCGGUGACCGAUUACGCCGUGUUCAGCAUCCAAGUCGGCGCCGCAAUCAUCACAAUGCUCCUUUCCUCGACCUACCACACGAUGAUCUGCCAUUCCAAGGACGUGGAGAACUUGAUGCUGAGGGUCGACUACGUGGGGAUCCUGACGCUGAUCCUGGGAAGCUUCUUCUCCGGAAUCUACGUCGGGUUUUAUUGCGAACCCUUGCUCCGCUGGGUCUACUGGAGCAUGAUCAUCUCCCUCAGCCUUAUCAUGGCCACCCUGGUUCUGCACCCAAGGCUUCAGGGGUUGAAGUACCGCACUCACCGAACGUGGGCUUUCAUACUCACCGCGCUUUCGGGCUUCGCACCCAUCAUCCAUGGCCUCUGCCUCUACGGCUGGAGCGAGAUGUGGGUACGCUCGGGGAUGCCCUACUGGUUUCUGGAAGGCCUCGUCUACGGAACCGGCGCCUUCUUCUUCGUGACUCGGAUUCCUGAAUCGAUAUGGCCCGGCGACUUUGACAUCUGGUUUUCAUCGCACCAGUUCUUCCACGUCUUGGUGGUGGUUGCAAGUCUGGUACAUCUGUACGGAGUUUGGGCUGCUUUCGACUGGAACUACCAAAACCAAAGAGUCUGUCCUGCCAUCGGGUUAUAA